AUGGGAAAAGGCUACAAAGGCAAGGGUGGUGGAGCUCGUCGCCGCAGCCAAGGCUCCGAGGAUGAGCAACCGAAGAAGUGGGAACGCAAGUACUUGCAGGCCGUGGACUCCAAGUGGCAUUUUGGGAAGGCCAACCUGCGCGCCUACGCUUCGGACACAGGCAGCCCGUUCUACACCAAGGGCAAAUCGGACGCCGAGCACCUGGCCUUGCGCAGCUUGUCGGAGAGGUUGACCCCUGCGACAUCCGAGGCGUGCAACAGGAUGGGCAUCGCCUUGAGCGAGGGCGGCGGGACAGUCAACAUGAUGGCCGCCUUUGUGGACAAGUAUCUGGAGAACAUGGAGGACGCCUCGGAGAAGCUGGGCUUGAAGGCGCUGGCCGAGGGCCUGGGCAAAUCCAAGGGGGAACAGCUGCGGCAGGUCGCGGCAUUCUUCGACAAGAACUUCGAAGGAGACAAGCCCACGCUGUCGGUGGAGGAGGCCGCGGCCGCGUGGGUGACUUACUUCAGCACAGACAGCAAAGAAGGCGCGAAGCCGUGGCAGCGGCUGGCACGGAGUGCGGCAACGCAAUACGUCUUCGCCAUGGAGAUGCUCCAGUGGUUCGCCCUCUGCAGAGAUCCGAAAGCGUGGGUCGAGAAGAUGAAGACCCAGAAGGACCUGCAGCCCGAGGCCGUCCAGAAAUGGAUGCGCGGGCCCUCGAGCAAGGAGCGCUUGGUGGAGGCGCUGGCCAAGUCCUACUUGGCACAAGUGGGGAAGAAGAGCAGGCGCACCUGCGGGCUGUCCUCCGAGGCCUCUGACACGGACGAGGGCAAGAAAGACAAGAAGAAGCGCAAGGAGGAGAAGAAGCGCAAGCGCUCUAGCAGCAGCAAGACGUCCGCCUCGUCCUCAGCCUCCUCGGCAACGAAGGCUGCGUCAUCCGGCUCUUCCAAGCAGAAGAAGAAGGACCAGAAGGGCAAGAAGAAGGACAAGGACGCGGCCGACAAGAAGAGCAAGGCAGACAAGAAGGAGAAAAAGACGAAGAAGGACAAGAAGCGCAAGAGCGCCUCGAGCGCUGAGCAGUCCAGUCCCGUGAAGAAACCCAAGAAGGCCGCUGUCACCUGCAAGCUUUUCAAGGACGUGGAUGAGGGCAUGCUGCUGGACGUGGACGACAAGACCCACAAGAACUGCUGCCUGCCUCUCUCCCUCGCUCGCGCCACCCUCGGCCCAACCGCCAAGAAGGAGGAGGUGCACACCUGGGCCGCCGAGUGGAUCAAGAAGCUCCCGGAGAACAAGCAGAAGGCUUGCCGCGUGGCGGCCAACGAGGCCAAGCUGGGAGAGGGGCUCUACGAAGAUUAUGUCAAGUUUGAGGUCGAUCAGGAAAGCGCCCGCGCCAAGAUCGUCUUCGUGGUGGACACUGCCGAGGCCAAGACGAAGGUGUGGGCCGGAGAGGACGCUGCCAUGGGGAGCUUGAAUCCCAUUUUCGUGAGGCACGAAGGUUUUCACUUCACCGCGUUGCUGCCCCAGAGCAGCGACAUCUCCACAGUCCUGCCGGACCUGCCCCCCAUCGAGGCCUUCUCCUACGUCGGACCGGCAGAGCUGCUGAUGCCGCUGCUGAAGGCACAGAAGCCCAGCAAGUGA